AUGAGCUGGAAGGAAGUUUUGGUGCUUGCUCUAUGCAAGACAAGUGCUUUGUUGGAACAGAUGCAUGAGAAGAUGGAUUUGAUGAAUGAGAAAAUGGACUUGAUGACUGUUGUGGCCAAUAAUUGUGGACAAUUAGUGAAUAGUGAUACAGAAAUCAUCCAGGGUCCAACUCAGGAACCUGUAUUGAUUGGGCAAGUGCAGAAGACAAUGGAGGAGGCUGUGGUUGCACCUCAAAUAAUACAAAUGGAGAGGCCCAAGGCCCCACAGGAGCAUAAGCCAUUGUUUUUGAAGAUUGAAGUUGGAGUGGGCCAGGGGGAGUCUGGAGCUGAGGAGGCUUUUAACUUUGGAGAGACUUCGAAAUAUGCUCGCAAAUAUUUUUUGGGUUAUAUUGAUGACUGUGGGGAGUGGGACUGUGGGGAAUGGGCUGAUUUGAUGAAGGGAGACGGAGAUAACUUUGGGUUGGAACCCCCCAGAGACCUACUCCUCAACGAGAAAGGAAAGAAAUUAAGAAAGAGACCAACAAAAGACAAGGAAAAGUGCAAGUAUAAACAAGAAGAAGAAGAUCUGCAGAAGGGACAUGGAAGAGACUUAAGGCCCUCGGACAUAAGGCUUCCAGGUUGA